AUGGCGGUAGAUGAUGAAGCUUUUAUCAACGGUAUCUACAUUGGCCUCGGCCUCCAGUCCUUGCUGACUGCUAGCCAACAGUGUCAGCUUUUGGAGCCUUCAUUCAACAAAAGCACCAUUUCCACUGCGAUUCCACCGUACAAAUUGUCCUCCAAGGCUACACCAUCUGUUGUCGAAAACUCUUUGUGUUUCCAACUCCUUCCGGCGUUGUUGUCCAUGAACUCAGUGAAAUCGGCGGUAUGCACCAUUGAGCCUUUCAAUAACCAUGACCCAGCCAGCAGGAACUACCACCAGGGGACAGUGCUGCCAUCAACCACGGUGGCUAGGAAGCGGCGGCUGCAAAGAAUAAGAGAUAAGACAAGGUCUCUACAAAAGUUGUUACCCUGGGACAAGAAGAUGGACAUAGCGACAUUACUAGAGGAGGCGCACAAGUACAUCAAGUUUCUCCAGGCGCAGAUUAGCGUCCUCCAGGACAUGCCUUGUAAUGCUAUGCUAUUGUCCACAAGUACUAGUAAUGAUGAAAAUGGUGGAGUUUAUGGAGGAGACUGUCGGAGAUUAAAUAGGCAACAACUUCUGCAGGUGCUUGUUACCUCUCCAGUUGUGCAGACCUUGCUUUACACAAAAGGCUACUGCAUUUGUUCAGUGGAAUAG